AUGGAGCCCCUCACAGCGCUCAGCCAGGAGGGCGCGGGCGGCGGGGAGCCGCCGGGCGGCGGACCGCUCUGGACGGCCGUCUUCGAGUACGAGGCGUGCGGCGAGGACGAGCUGAGCCUGCGGCCGGGAGACGUGGUGCAGGUGCUGUCCCGGGACUCGCAGGUGUCCGGCGACGAGGGCUGGUGGACGGGGCAGAUCGACCAGCGCGUCGGCAUCUUCCCCAGCAACUACGUGAGCAGCGGCGUGCAAGGGGGCGGCCCGGAGCUGCGCGCCCGCUACCCGCCGCCCCCCGCCAUACAGCUCUUGGAGAUCGACUUCUCAGAACUUGUUCUGGAGGAAAUCAUUGGCAUAGGGGGCUUCGGAAAAGUAUAUCGAGCUGUGUGGAUAGGAGAUGAGGUUGCUGUCAAGGCAGCUCGUUAUGACCCUGAUGAGGACAUCAGCCAGACCAUUGAGAAUGUCCGCCAAGAAGCCAAGCUCUUUGCAAUGUUAAAGCAUCCCAACAUCAUUGCCCUCAGGGGCGUAUGUUUGAAGGAACCUAAUCUUUGCUUGAUCAUGGAGUUUGCCCGUGGAGGAUCAUUAAAUAGAGUGUUGUCUGGUAAAAGGAUACCUCCUGACAUCUUAGUGAACUGGGCAGUACAGAUUGCAAAGGGAAUGAACUACUUGCACGAGGAAGCAAUUGUUCCUAUAAUUCACCGUGACCUGAAGUCCAGCAACAUACUGAUACUCGAAAAGGUGGAAAAUGGAGAUCUGAGCAACAAGAUAUUGAAGAUCACGGAUUUCGGCUUGGCCAGGGAAUGGCAUAAAACUACCAAAAUGAGUGCAGCUGGGACAUAUGCCUGGAUGGCUCCUGAGGUCAUCCGCUCCUCCAUGUUCUCCAAAGGCAGCGAUGUGUGGAGUUAUGGCGUGCUGCUUUGGGAGCUGCUAACAGGGGAAGUGCCAUUCCGAGGAAUUGAUGGUCUUGCAGUAGCCUACGGUGUUGCCAUGAAUAAACUUGCUCUUCCAAUCCCUUCCACGUGUCCAGAGCCUUUUGCCAAACUAAUGGAAGAUUGUUGGAACCCUGACCCACACUCACGACCUUCCUUUGCCAGUAUCCUAGGCCAUCUCACUGCUAUAGAAGAGUCUGGUUUCUUUGAAAUGCCCAAAGAUUCCUUCCAUUCCCUUCAGGAAGACUGGAAACAAGAGAUCCAAGAGAUGUUUGAUCAGCUCAGAGCCAAAGAAAAGGAGCUUCGCACAUGGGAAGAAGAGCUGACUCGUGCUGCUGUUGAACAGAAGAACCAUGAGGAGUUGCUCCGAAGGCGGGAACAGGAGCUGGCAGAACGUGAGAUUGACAUCCUGGAAAGGGAGCUCAACAUCAUCAUCCACCAGCUGUGUCAGGAGAAGCCUCGUGUGAAGAAACGUAUGGGGAAGUUCAAGAAAAGUCGGCUCAAGUUAAAAGAUGGCAAUAAUAUCAGCCUGCCUUCAGAUUUCCAGCAUAAAUUCACUGUGCAGGCUUCUCCAACAAUGGAUAAAAGGAAGAGCUUGAUCAGUAGCUGCUCCAGCCCUCCUGCAAGUCCUACCAUUAUUCCCAGACUCAGGGCCAUACAGUUGACUCCUGCUGAAAGCAGUAAAACAUGGGGACGAAACUCAGUCCUUCCAAAGGAGGAAGGAGAGGAAGAAGAGAAGAGAGGCCAGAAGAAAAAAGGACGCACCUGGGGACCAAGCUCACUUUGUCACAAGGAGCUAGGUGCAGGAGAGGACAGUCUGAAAGCUCUGGUAGAAGGAUACAAACAGUGGUCAUCCAGUGCACCAAACCUAGGGAAGAUUCAGAGAACUGCACCUGCUUUUCCAGGAUUCACCAGCUUAGCAGAGAUGGAUGAUGAAGACAGUGAAUGUCUUAAUGGGGAGGGCAAAGUGCACCCUUCACCUGGGCACAACCAGUCAUACCUCUGCAUCCCGUUUCAGAAGAAUGAUGACUGGGAUGGGCCUUCUAGUGAUGCCAAUGAUGAGUCCACUCCUGUGAACUCUGCUACAAGCACCCCACAGCUUACACCCACCAACAGCCUCAAACGUAGUGGCUCCCACCACAAACGGUGCGAGGUUGCCUUGCUUGGCUGUGGAGCGGUUCUGGCUGCUGCAGGCCUGGGGUUUGAUCUGCUAGAAGCAGGGAAGUGUCAGCUGCUGAUUGAAGAGGAGCCAGAGCCACCCAAGGAAGAGAAGAAGAAACGUGACAGCAUUUUCCAGCGAGCUGGACGCCCACGCAGGAGCACUAGCCCUCCUUCUCGAAAAAUCUUCAAGAAAGAUGAGCCCAUGUUGUUGCUUGGCGAGCCAUCCACAUCCCUCACCCUUCUUUCCCUGUCUUCCAUUUCCGAAUGUAAUUCCACCCGAUCCCUGCUGCGCUCAGACAGUGAUGAGAUUGUGGUAUACGAAAUGCCUGUCAGCCCUGUGACAGUCAAGGCUCCCUUGCCAGCCAUUAAUAACCCACUAGUUAAUGUCCAGAUUGAGAGAUUCAAACAAGACCCCAACCAGUCCCUCACUCCCACACAUGUGACGGUCUCUUCCCACACCCAGCAAGGCGGGCACAGGCGCACACCUUCUGAUGGGGCCAUCAAAGGGACUGGACUAGUUGUCAAUGGGUGCCCAACCAGUGGAUGCCCUUCCAGUAGCUGUUUAACUGGAGCACUGGGAGCAGGUGUAUUAAAAACACCUAGUCCAAGUAGAGAUCCAAAUGAGGUCCCUCGCCUGCCAGAUCCCAACCUUGUUUUUCCUCCAACCCCGAGACGAUGGAAUGCACAGCAGGACCCCACGCUGGAAAGACCCAAGACGCUGGAGUUCCUGCCUCGGCCUCGGCCCGCAGCCAGCCGGCAGCGGCUUGAUCCCUGGUGGUUUGUGUCACCCAGCAAUGCCAAGGGUGAAUCUUCUGCCAACAGUUCAAGUACUGACACUCCAAGCAAUCUGGACUCUUGUUUUGCUAGUAGCAGCAGCACUGUAGAAGAGAGACCUGGACUUCCUGCACUGCUUCCUUUCCAGGGGAGUCAUCCUGUAGAGGAGCGGACACUGUUGGACAUAGAUGCUGAGGGACAGAGCCAAGACAGCACCAUUCCGCUAUGCAGAAGUGAACUUAACACACACAAAGCUACAGCAUAUGAACUCAAGCAAGAAUUCUGGUCUUAGUAUGAAAUUCACUUGGGACAGUAAGCCCCUCUAAAUUCAAUUCUACUUUUUGCACUGAGAAUGCACUUUGAAGACAGAUGAGUUAGAUGCUACGGAGAUCGUAUGGUGCUGCCUCUGCUGAAGGUGUUGUUUAACUGCCUGAUUGUUGUCUGCAGUUGGGUGUAAUUUGGCGACUCAGAGCUGCUGACUUUGCUGUGCUGUGGGGUUUUUCUGUAGUCUUCCCUGUCACCUUAUUGCAGUUUGUAUCUGCAGUAAGCUAAAAUUAUCAUAUCGAAGUCUUUGUUACUGACCUUGUAGGAUUUGGCACUUGCAGUGAAUAUCUAUCCUGGUAUUCAUCAGUAUUUUCAAAACUCAAAUGCUGUAAUACAGCAGAUGCCAGUAUUUAUUUUUCCCAAAAAUUCCAGGAAAGAAACAAGUAAAUAUUUGGAGACUACUUUCUCUGAAAUGUGUCAUUAGAUAGGCCUGGGAAUCAUGGUGCCCCCACUGAAGGAGCAGAAGUAGCAGUCUUACUCUUUCUUGCCCUCUUUUGUUCAUGUCCUAGUGUAAGGUGGAUUGCUGAGGAAGGCUGUGGCGUCUCUAUUGGUGGAGGUUUUGGAGAAGAGACUGGAUGGUUGGGAAUGAGUAGGUGUAGUUGGUCCUGGCUUCAAGGCAGGGAAUGGGAGUAGUUGCCUUCCUCUUCAUAGCAUGCUGUUAUCUUAAGACUUGUGGACAGUGCUGCGUAGAGAUGUUACUGGAUGAAACUGGAUACCUCUCAUUCAGCUGAAGGUGAGGCAGUAAUUAAUGGUCAAGUAAAGAGAGGUCUUUGCCAUUUGGAGUGCUUUAUUAAAUAGUAAAUCACAGGAAACCUCCUAACUUGAACCACCACCUUUCUAUCUUUUAUUUAACUUUGAUUUGAACUUAAUUCACUUCUAUGGAAUGAAUAUGGGAUCUGAAGACCGAUUAGAUGUGCGGAACCAAACCUAAUUACUAUAUCCCAGAAUUCAGUGUUGGCUUGUUGCCUUUGUCUCUUUUAUCUCUAAGCUAAUAUUAAUGUUUAUUUCUUUGGGUUUUUUUUGAAAAUUUUCUUCUUGGAAAAAAGAUGGUUAUUAGUUUCUAAUAUUUUCUGUGUGUUUUGGAAAUAUUCUUAAAAACUCUAUCAGCUCUAUGGAAAAUAGGAAGUCUUAUCUUGCAGAGUGAUAUAGAUCUUUCUUUUGACAUAAAACAAGGGGACCGUUAGAAAUGAAAAUUUCUGAUCCCUUUUACUAUAGGGUAGUUGCCUUCCUUUGCUUCUAUACUUAUAACUUGUUUAAGGUUGUAAUUUGGGUAAAACUGGAUGCUAACAGUGACAGGAGAGGCAUAUGUUAAAAGAUUAUUUACAAACAAGCAAUGAAUACAGCAUGUGCACAAACAAAACUGAAAUAUACUCAUGCUGUCAUGAAGGAUAACUUUAUGACUUCAUAAACACUUUGGUUCAUUAUAUUAUUAAGGUAUCUUUAAGAAAGAAUGCCUUCCUAUGUUUUUCUUUAUAGUUUACUUUGGAAGAUUAGAAUAAGGUGCUUGGCACAGACUCUCUUCUAGCAUCUGGCUGGACAGAAUGGGAUUUUAACCAAAUACUUGUUUUUUGUAUUUCCAUAUCUAAUCUGUGGUAUAGACUUUCCUGUUUCUUCUGCUUAGCAAACAAGUCUUAAGAAGAACUUGUUUCUUCAGCUCUGCUGUCACAGUUUCACAAAGCAGUACCAAAAUGCAUUUAUGGCUUACUUUGCUACUCCCAUCUUAUUAAAUACACUGGUAGAAUGUUACCUGCUAUAGUUUUAAUGUUCAUUUGCUUUUGUUUUUUCUCAUGCUCAGCUUUUUUUAAGCAGCAUUACCACUGAUCAGAGACAAAUACAGCUUCUGAAAUCACCUACAUCAGCUUUAUUUUUAUGUGUUAAAAACAGUCAUUCCCACCUUAGAAGUGUGUGCCUGAUUAUAAGGUAAUUUCCCACUGGUGACUGGGUCGGGGGUCUCACAUAGCUACCAGAAUUCUUAUUGUCCCUCUGUAACAAGAAUCUCCUUUUUUUUUUUUUUUUUUUUUUUUUGCCCAGUAGAAAACACUUCAUCAGUGUUGUGUACAAGAGCCACAUUUCACCUCUUUCUGUACAUGAGUAAUAGAAUCUUUUUUUUUUUUCUUUGUUUCCAAAUGACAAGGAGCAUCAUUUUACCUACUGAGUGUGGCUACUUGUGCUGGUCUUUCUAAGCCUCUGAAUUACAUCUGUGUGUUUUAGGUGCAUCUUGUAUUUCUAGGUGCCUUCUAUUUCAUGUGCAUCUUUGCUAGGGCCUUAGGUUGUUUUCUGGAAGGAACUCUUGGUUGUAGCUUUCAAUACUGCAGUUUUCUUCAUCGUACAUUCAGCCAAACACCAGUGAUACCAACGUUUCAUGUCCUUCAGUUUGCUGACUUGUGUAUACCCUUGUGAAAACAAGUAUGCUAUUGCUAAUUCUCCAUCUCCCAAUUAGAAUUCUAAAUAUGUGAUUCCGUGGCUGUCUCUUGUCAGUUAUUUGUUCUUGUAGCCAUAGUAUUUUGGUAGAAGGCAGAAACCAACAUUAUCUUAUCUGUGCUUUGACCUAAAACAUUUUCAAGAUAGAAGCAUAAAAUACAAGUGGGGGAAGUAUAAGUGUGGAGGUUAGCAGAAAUUAACCAGUACAAGGGGUGAAAUUUUCUAUCUUACUGUACUAAACAGUGGUCAGAGGACACUGACCAAGAGCUGCUUGGUAACCUAUUGGCAUCAUAGUUAAAUUGAGUCCUAAAGAAAAAUUUGAGGAUUGUGUGGUGACUUUGUUUCUGGUUGAUUUGUUUUCUUUUACCCUGAGCUACCUCAUUUGUACAGAUGGAGUGGAAAUAAAGGACAAGUUGUAAGAAUUGCUCUAGAUAAACAAUUGAAACUAGAAUGGUGAGAGCACCAAGGAAAACACUUGUGUUUGGCUCUUUGACAUUCAAAUUCCUUAUGGAAAAAUAAAACCAGCUGUUCAUUUCCAAAAAUUAAGAUUAUUCUUUUAUUAUGUAACUCUCCAAAAUAAACAAUAACAAGGCACAAAGUAUAUUUCCUGAUGGUUUUUGACCUGUGGAAGAGCUGAAUUUCCAAUCUAAAAGGUGAUUAUUUCAUACUGGUCACUGCUGCUGCUUUUAAAGGUAAAAGUAUGUUUUUUGAGAACAUAUUUUUUUUUCUAAAUAAUCUCAUGUACUCUUUAAGUGAGCCUAUAUGCAGUCUUGUUUCCCUUGUAUUUACUGUAGUUUUCCUAGUAUCGUAGAAUCCUUAGAUGUUGCAAGGGACUCUGAAGGCCAUCUAGUCCAAAUCUCCUGCAGUGAACAGGGACAUCCACAGCUAGAUCAGGUUGCCUGGGGAAUGUAUUUGAUUCUAAUGCAGCUCUUGUAUCUGAGUGCUAAUGGUGUGUGGAUAGUCAACUAUAGCUCAUUUUAAGAAACUAUGACACGUUUUUACUGUGUAACAUAGUGGAUUUUUCUGCUCAACUUGAAGUGGACUACUGUUAGUCUGUAGCUGAUGGGGUCAGAUAGAUGUGUAUCUAGCAAAUGUGGACCUAGAACAGAUCUGCAGGAGAAAUGCCAAAGUUGCAUUUGCUUAGAGAAGGAUAAUUGAAAGAUAAUAAUGGUGGGGGAAAAUGUCCCUUCACUAUUCAGAAGUAAUUCUCUAGGAUCUUGACCGUGCUUGAAUUUUAGCUUCCAUACAGUGAGAGCUCAUGGAUUUUAAUAAAAAAUUUUUUUGACUGAAGCCCUGGCAUAAGACCAAGGCAAAGUAUUCACGUUAUUUAGGAGUGAUUGACACUGUCUCCUUGUCCUACCUUGAUUGUUCCAGUUUAGCAUUUUCUCAAGAACAGAUGUAAAACUAUCCUUCUUGCCUUGAAGCAGGAGGAGAGAGGUGUGAGUCCGAGAAAGAAGAAUCAUUGCUAUAGCCGUGUCCUAAUGCAUUUCCUUGUCACUCGGCCAGCAGCAGAGGUUAUAGUGGAGCAGGAAGACAUACCAGUGUUUUUCCAAGCUUUAUUGGUGAGAAUGCUGCUAAAAUAAGAUUUUAGUAUAUAAACAAGCAAGUUUGGGAAGCCUUAUAUUUAACUACUUGUUAUUAAGUUUCAAAACAAAUGUGUCCUCUGAUUAUUAUCUGGCAUUGCUCAAUUGCACACUUAUUGAGUUUAACUACAGCUGGAGAAGAGCUGAACUCUUUCCUUGAGUUCUUGUGGAUGUGGCUACUUCUGAUUAUUUUGGGGGGUAAAGUAAUGUUUUCUCUUAGUCCCACUUUGCGUUGCAAAAGAGUUGUCUCUCCUGACUAAUUGUCCAGAUAUUUGUAGUAAGCUUCUAUUUCUGCCUUGUAUGCUUUGGUGAGUGGCUCUUAAAAUGUCAUCAUGGUUAGCAUUUGUGUCUGAAUAGGGCAGCUAAUACCUCUGAGCUGAUUUUUCACACUGCAUCUCAAACAGAUGUUAUUACAUUAGUUCUGCCAUUGCUCUGUUUUCAAGGUUAUCUUGGCAACCAUAACAUCCAGAAAUCCUAGACUAUAUAAAAAGUAAAGCAGCAGAAAAAAAAAGAAAACAUACCAAUGCUUACCAAUUGAACAGCUGAGUUGUGCCAGUGGUCUUUGCAGAGAGUAAAAAACAUUCUUCUGCAGCGUAGGUCUCUGCGAGACAGCUGAAUUCCAAGUGGAGAAUGUACCUGUAUCUGCUUAAUGUCAACAGGCACCAGUGCCUCUCCUAUUUGGCAGUUUUUAUAUGAAACCGUGUAAAGCCAAAAACAUAUAGUAGUAAAAGUUUAUAUGUAGGGUACUGUCUUGUAACUAGGAGGGGAAGAGGUCUCAAUUCAAGAAAGCAUACUUAAACAUCACCGAAAUCAAUGGAAUGUAUCUAUGGGGCUAAAUGCACAAAACCUCAAGUCAGCAAAGCUGUUAUGAUCUGAUCUGCGGGGUUGUCUUGUAGAGAUUAAUGGUGAAGGACCAGUCUCCAUAUUUUGUCAGAGGGAGUUCCUUCACAAGCCUUUGGGUAAAUGCAGGCUCGAUUUGCUCUGACUUACGUGGCCUUUCCAUGCCUGCAUUUUCCAUCCUAUUUGAUCGCUAGUUCUUACCAUAAACAGAGAAAGCUUUGAGAAUAUUUUCUGACACAGGAGAGAUCAAUAACUUCUGUACUAGCAGACUGCUGGCUUCAGAGGGGGCAGUAAAUGGUGUGCGGAGGCUGUGUGUACAAAUUUUGAUUUAACCUGAAGUAUUUUCUCAGGUUUUUUCAUUUCAGAAAUGCAGCCUUCCAGGUUAGUGUACAGAUUUGACAAAUGUGGAAGUGAUCAGUGUCUACUGUUAUUGUUAGGGUUCUUGGAUUCUUGCUCGCCAGCUGUUGGCCCAGCACUUCAUGCUGGUAUAUAUGACUUCUUUGUCAUAAAUUCAGAACAAACUGGGAAUAUCGGAGAUAUUUUGCCUGACUUCAGUUGAGAGGCUUAUAUGGAGUGGGGAGGGGCGGUAGUGGUGGAAAAAUCAGGGAAACUACCUGUGAUUUUAACAGUGUCUCUUCUGUGGCUUUGAAAGUCUGAAUUUCACAGCCAGAGAAUGUAUUUCCUCCCUCUUUUUAUAAGCUACAUCUUUCUUUUGCCUUAUUAAUUGUGGAUCUGUUCCUGCUUCUGUUUAAAGCCAGUUGCAAAAAACAGUGACCUGAAUUUCCUAGGUACAGUGUUGUCAAAUCUGAAGAACCAGGUGAGUAGUUGACUCCAGUGUAAGAUCGUACGCCCAUGUCCAUUUUUUUUUGAGGUAUGGGAUAGUUCCUGCUUGUGUUGAAAUCCCUGUGUGAAAAGUGUUAGGUACUUUGUAAGGAGCUCCAAUCUCUGCAGGACUGGGAUUCAUCUGAUGACUGAAGUAUUUCCAGUCCAUUUUUGGAGACCCCUGUAUGUCUUCUGUUCAUGAUGUUCAAAAGUCUUUUACUAUGGAAGUAGCACCUGAAGGUGUGUUUUUGCCCAAACAACCUGCAAUGAAGCAGUUGCAUUAGCAAAUGGUAAUGUACCCCAGAGUUGAGUAAAAUAACAGAGGCCACCAAGGUUAUUCUUGUUUGUGUGAUGAAAUGUUGUCAAAUGAAGUGAUUUGUUGGAGCCUUCCUGUAACCUCUGUACAGCAGUAAGCUUAGGGGAAAAUAAGAUUGCAUUAUUUUUUAAAAAGCUUUAUUUGUGACCUGGCUUUGUUGCCUCUGACCCUAACUUAAAUAGUUAAAUUAUAUUAAUGUCCAGUUUGUUUCACUGUAGGUAACACAUCAACUGAAUACUCUUGUGCAUAAUCUACUGUAUCUUUCCUCUGUUCUGUGUCAAUGUAUUAUGUGUAUUUGGAUUACGGUUCUUUUUUAUUGUAUUAAAUUAUUUUAUGUUAUAGAACAAUAUUUAAGCAAAGCAAAGAGCUGAUGAAAGUUGUUGGCGUUUUGGGAUUUUUUUUUUCUCUUUGCUUUUUUUUGGAUGUACUGUAAAUUGUAAACCAAGGAUGCCAAGCAGGCUUGGUUCAAUGGCUAAAAUUAUUGUAUUACAGUGUAAUGCUGAUCUAGGCCUUGUCUCAACACUAGAGCACACAGACUUGAAUAAAACUGUUAUAAAAGUGA